AUGAACGAAACAUUCAGUGACGCCAUUGGCAAGUACAUAGAAGUUUACAUGGAUGACCUGGUGAUUAUGAGCAAAGAAGAAGGCAAGAUGCUGGUCAACAUCCAAAAGACCUUCAACACGCUACGCAGCGUAAGUAUCAAGCUGAACCCAGCAAAGUGCUCAUUCGGAAUGGAAGAAGGAAAGUUCUUAGGCUUCAUCGUCACAAAAGAUGGUUUUAAGGUAAAUCCAGAAAAGGUCCAAGCCAUAGAAAGGAUGCCUUCACCGUCAAACAUCAAAGACAUGCAAAAAUUAGCAGGACGAUUAGCCGCACUCAAUCGUUUCCUAGCUAAUCACGCUGCAAAAUCCUUCCCAUUCAUCAAGACCUUGCGCAAUUCUUCCGAUAGGGCAGUCGGGGCUGUACUGCUCGUCGAUCGUCAAGGUGUCCAAACACCAGUUUACUAUGUGUCGCGAACCUUGACCGAUCCAGAAACUCGAUAUGCAAUCAUGGAGAAGCUAGUCCUUGCACUGAUUCACGCUUCAAGACGGCUGCGCAGAUAUUUUGCCAAUCACGUCAUCCACGUGCUAACAAACUACAACAUUGGAAAUAUCCUUGCAAGGCCAGAGAUAUCAGGAAGGCUAGCCAAAUGGGCAAUAGAGCUGGGAGGCCACAACGUGGUUUUCAGACCACGACCAUCGAUCAAAGGCCAGGUGUUAGCAGAUUUUAUGACGGAAGUCCCAGACGACAAAGACAGGGAAUGUAAAGCGAUGGAGAAAGCUGAGAAAAAACAAACAGAAGAACCAUGGCUGUUGUACACAUAUGGUGCAUCUAACGAAGAUGGAGCAGGCGCAGGGCUGAGGCUGGUAAGCCCUGACAAACACGAAUUCACAUACGCCAUACGCCUGGAUUUCAAGAGCACAAACAACGAAGCAGAGUACGAAGCUUUCCUGGCUGGCUUACGAUUGGCGAUCAAAAUGUGGGUCCGACACAUCGAAGCGCAUGUGGACUCCAUGUUAGUAGCAGGCCAAAUCAACGGCCAAUACGAAGCCAAGGGCGAUAUAAUGGCACUCUACCUCAACCAAGCGAAAACGUUGCUACAAACCUUCUAUUCCUACAAGGUGCACCACAUAAACCGAAGCGAAAACAAGCCAGCAGAUGCACUAAGCAAGCUCGCAUCAACAAGCUUCCAGCACCUAGCAAAGGAUGUGCGCAUAGAGGUUUUGAGCAACCCAUCCGUUCCACUCAGAGAAGUAAGUGUCAUCCAGACAGGAACAACGUCCUGGAUGACGCCGAUAAUCAUGUACUUGCAGUCUGAGAUACUUCCAGAAAACAAAGCCGAGGCGCGAAAGAUCCAAUACAAAUCAGAACAUUAUCAGAUGGCAGAUGGGAUUCUGUACCGAAAGUCGUAUCUCGGCCCGCUACUGAGAUGUGUUGACGCCGACGACGCAAAUUACCUAAUCCGGGAAGUUCAUGAAGGAAUUUGUGUUAUCCAUGCCGGGCCUCGAAUGGUGGUGGCAAAAGUAAUGAAUGCCAGAUACUACUGGCCCGGGAUGCAUCUCGAUGCCGUGAAAGAAUUGAGAAAAUGCAGUGGCUGUCAGAGACAUGCGCCCAAGACCAUGCGCCCCAAAACUGAACUAGUACCAGUAACAACCGCAUGGCCUUUUCAACAAUGGGGCAUAAAUAUGGUAGGUCCUUUCCCAGAAGCACCAGGGGCAGUCAAAUUCAUAAUAGUCGCGGUUGAUUACUUCACCAAAUGGGUAGAGGCGAAGGCGCUUGCAUCAACCACAUCGGCAGUCGUCAAACGAUUCAUAUGGGAGCAAAUCAUAUGCCGUUUCGGCUUACCCCUCAGAAUCAUCACCGACAAUGGGACGAACUUCGCAGCAGACGACCUUGAACGAUGGUUCAAAGAACUGAACAUCGAACACACCUUCUCUUCGGUUGCCACCCACAAGUGA